AUGACGGUUUCCAAGAACCAGCGUCAGGACGACUUCGAUCGUUCGAUGAAAUCUCUCGACGAUGGGCUCCUUUCCCUGUGUAAACAAACUUCGGUGAUUAAGAAGAAGGCCAUUGUGCUGCGCAUGCAGGAGCAGUUCGGGAAGCUCCGCGAUUUGAUGCUUAAGUGGCUCCAGGACAAGGACCGCACGGACCUGCGGGACACUUUCGAACCCAACAACUUCUACCGGUUGGUCCGUCUGGCCGCCCUGUUAGAGGAAAACGCGGAUAUGGACGCGCUGUGCGGCGCCAAAAUGCCCCCGGACGUGCGGUGGCACCAGUGUAACGAGGCGGUGAAGACCGUGCGGGCGGUGCUGGAGGACUACACGGGGAAGCGGAAGGAAAUCGAGGCCGCCCUGCUGAAGGAGGAGGAACGGCUGAAGGCGCAGAUGGCCCGGGCCACGGUGAUGCCCGUGCCGGAGGAGAAGAAGAUCAAGGAGGACUCCGUGCAGACGCCCCAGCAGAUCAAGCAAAACAAGUCGGAUGUGGAGGUCAACUUGAUCAUGUCCCAAAUGGAAGAAAUCGACGCCAUGAUGUCCAUCGUGCAAGAUCCAUCCAGUACAACUUUCUUUUUGAAUCAUCAUAUAACAUAAUCCUGCAAUAGCAAUGAGUGCUGGAAUGCGGCUUGUUGUCAAGUUUCUACGGAGGCGUUUGUGUUACUUACAAAACGAAAGCCGCACUGAUGUUCUACUUUUAUGACUUUGAAUGGUCGGGAAAGUCAAGGAAAGUUACCGGUUUGCAAAUUCACUCGCAUGAUCUUCGUGAAAAAAAACAUAAACUCACCACAAAGGUAUGACGGGUCUGGACAAGAUUGUGGUGGUCGACUCCCCGACGAUUGAGCCCAUGGUAGGGCCGCCGGUGAAGGCGCAGAAGACCAUUCCCCCAGUGAACAACACGCCGGUGAUUCCGACCGCGGUGUCCACCCGCGACACGGUGGUGCCGGACACGGUCCCGGAAAACAAGAGGAAGAACUGGCAGCGGGCCAACAGCGCGCGGCCGGUGCCGAAGGCGGGGAAAGCGUACGUGGAGGAGGAUACCGUUAUGGACACCAUCUCGGACGACUUCCGCAAGCAGAUUGACAACGUGAAGGACCUGAAGGGCCUGAUGGCGAACGUGGACCCACCGGACGCGGGCUUCCAGCCGGGCAACUGGCUGAUCUGGAUGUGCUAUGCAGUGCAAAAGCAUCGUACUCGUAUAAAUGCAUUACAAAUUUCCUCAGCAUUAGAAAUUCAAUUUGUAAUGCGGAUCUGACUUACCAAAAAGAUUUCUAAUGCAUGAUUGCAAGACGAGUGCGAUACUUUUGCACAGGAUAUGUGCGCCCGGGUGUUUUGGAACGACCCCACUUUGGAUGACGUCAACUUCACCAACAUCUACCUCCCGCCGCCGGAGAAGGAAAAACGGAUUAUUCCGAAGUUCAUGGACGGGCUGGCCCAGAAAAACGAAUACGUGAAAACACUGUCGCUCAGCAACGUCAACUUCGAUGCCAAAUCGGCAAAGUAUCAUUUUUUUUCAUAAUUUUGUUUCAAUUCAUGAACGACUUGACAUUUUUGACGCAGACGGUACGAUCAUGUCUUUAUCGUUCACUUGUCUCCGUGCUAAAUUUGAUUACCGCGCUACUUUUUCCACCAAACUAAUUGCAGGCGAUGGCACGAGGUCUUUGCAAACAACAAGACAGUGAAGGUCCUGGACUUGAGCAGCAACCCGUGGAACGCCGAGCUUAUGAUGGGUUGGGUUGACGGCAUCUCGAAAACCACAACACUGGAUAUGGCGCUCUCAACUGUUACAUUCUCAACUGUUACAUGAUUUGUCAUGCAAAAUUACCUUGACUAUCAACGCCAUCAAGCUGGCUCGCAUGACAAAUUCUCAGACGGCCAAACAGGCUGAGAAUCUGUGCCAAAUCUGUCAUGCAAGAAGCGCAAUGUCUUUCCUUUCACUUUUGCCAUUCUUGCAUCACAAAUCCAUGUAACAGUUGAGAGUGUAACAGUUGAGAACGCCAUACUGGAGGAGCUCCGCAUAAACAACAUGAACUUUGGCAACACCGGACACUCCGUCGGCGUGGAAAAAUGUUAUCAGAUGCAAAAAUGUGUGGGUCUGGAAGACUGCAACUUGUGAUGCUGUCUCUGCAUUCUAAAAAAAUCUGUAUUGCAUGACCAGCAAGAGGAGUCCGCUUUGUGCUACAUGGAGACGGUAUUUCUCAUGCGGAAUAGGCAUUAGGAAGCCCUCUAAAAAUCUGUGAUGCUAGGCGAUGCAUUACACGCGUCAUGAGCAGUCAUGUAACAUUUGCAUGACAAGUCUUGCAUUCUUCCAGACCCAGACAUUUUUGCAUUUCAUAAAUGUCUGGCGGACGCAAUUUUGAAGAACCAAAGCAUUGUCAAGCUCGGUUUGGAAUUGAAGGAUCCGACUUGGCGAAACAAGAUUGAUCGACAGAUCAUGCAAAACAAGGACCUGGCCAGACAAAGAAGGGUGGCUGCGGCCAAGGCUGGAAAGUGA